AUGUCUUACAUGAAGAGCAUUUUGGCCGUCGGCCUUCUGGCUACCGCCGACCUUGUUGCCGGACACGCCGCAAUCGUCGGUGCCACUGGCGAUGCUGGUGGUCAGGGUAUGGCUAUCGGCAUCGACUCCAGUACUCCCCGUGAUGGUACCCGCCGCAACCCCUUCCAGCAGGACAGCACCCGCUUCAAGGGCGACGCCGCUGAUACCUUCGGUGAGACUGUCGGUGGAGGCACCAAUAACCUCGAGACGGGUACCAAGGCUAUCAUGGCUGAGACCGGCCAGAUGCUUCCCCAGGUCAGCGCUGGCGGCUCCAUUGACAUGACUCUUCACCAGGUCAACGGUGAUGGCGGUGGCCCCUACGACUGCAUGAUCAACGCCGAUGCCACCGGUGCCCAGUGGACUAAUAUCAACGUUGUCACUACCCCGCCUGGCCAGAAUUCCCGCAACCGUGACGGUGCCAUGACCGACUUCCCACUCAAGGCUGCUAUCCCGGCCGAUCAGACCUGUACCGGCACCGUCGCCGGCCAGUCUAAUGUCUGCCUGGUACGCUGCCAGAAUGCCGCACGUGCUGGGCCCUUCGGUGGUGUGGUUCCCGUUCAGAUGGCUGGCACUACUACACCGGCCGCCGCUCGCCGCAACCUGAUGCUUGCCAUGAAGAGAAGUGAGGAUCUUCUUGCCAGGAUGGUCAAGCGCGCUCAGUCGGCUGCCGCUGCCCCCGAGGAUGAUCCCGCCUACUUGGCCGAGCUUCGUGCCGACGGUGAGGAGAUUUAA